UCUGCAUAUUCCUCUCAUCUCUCCCUCUCCCUCUCUCUCUCUCUCUCUCUCUGUGCUUGGCCACCGAUGAUGGUCCUGAGCUGAAACCUCACUUGUUCUAGGGCUUUUUUCGUACUCCACAUUUGCCGCGAACUCUCAUUUUGGAUCACUGAAUCCAAAGCUCUCUGUUUCCGGGAUCUUGAUGGUGGAUGAAAGUGAUUGAAGAUCUUCCAAGGAGUCAAUGGAUUGUAUGAGAUAUGGCUUUCAUUUGAUCAAGGCAAACUUGGUAUUGCACGUGCUGUUGUUCAUGUGUACGGCCUGAUACAUCAAAAAUGCUUCCUAAGAAAUACAAAAACUUGAUAGGAUGUUUUUAACCUAUAUGAAUGAAUCUAUCCUUUUAGAUUCCACCUGGAAUAGUUCCAAUUCCCCAAGACAUGGGUUCUUUUUCUGGUGCUUCCGAAAUAAUUGAAAUAGAGGAUGAGCCAGGUUCAGCUCGAAGUUCUAAACUUAUUCAUCAAGAAGUUUAUCACAAGAAAAGUCAGAAGUCUCCUCUCCUGAAACCAGGAUCUAAUAAUUCUCUAGAAGAUGAUAUCAAUAAGCUUUUUGAGGCAAUUCAUCUAAAACAAUCACCCAAGAGUUUGCACCUUUCAGAACAAGCAGGGAUGGAGUCCUAUAGGAGAAAAACAUUAAAGAAACCAAUUCGGGUUGGUGUACCUCACUCUCCAGGAUUCAGAUUCUCAGAGCCAGUGUCAUUGAAAGAGGCACUAAGGGGGCUAUGUAUUUCUCAGGCAUCUGAAAUGGCCACCAUGAAACGAUCAUUGAAGUCAGGAAGUUCUCCUAGGAUCUCCGAAGCUAGUAACAUUGAGACUUUUUACAGGUCUCAUGUAGUUGAGACUGGUGAAUCUAGUGGCUCACUAAACAAAGUUAAUGCAGUAGGGCUUGAAACACCUCAGGUGGUGGAAGAAGGCAUGCCAACUUCCUCCGCAAAUUUACCCAAGUAUCUGUCCUCGUCUGGGAUGAAGUCAUCCAGCCACAGUGCUCAUUCAUUUUCAUUGGCAACAACAGAAAAGGGAACAACAUGUGCACCAGUGCAAAACCAAAUUAUGCCUGUAACCACAGAAGAUUGGUGUCAAACAUCAAAGAAAGAAUCAGUGCAGGAGGAAAAGCAUGCGGCAUCUCCUUCUCUUUCUUGUCAUAAUAGUGGUGAUAGCAUAUUACAGCCAAAGAUAAAAACAUCCCGAAGUACCCAUUCUUCUCCUCAGUUUGCUUUGACAACUAUAGAAAAAGGCACAAGGCAUACAGUGAUAAAAAAUGAGAUUCCUGUGUCAAAAGAAGUUCAGAGCCAAAUCCUAGGGUUGGAGCUGUUGCAGGAGGAAAAACAUGCAGGGCUUUCUUCCCUUUUGUCUCAUCAUACUGAGGGUACAAUAGAGUCUCAUAAAAUUUCUGCCCCAAUUGAAAUAGGGAACAAAGUGUCAGCACCAAAGUCAAAGUUGGAAAGUAAGCCGCAGACUAUACCUUCUCCAUCUACUGCAUUCAAGAGCAAUAAGGGAAUCAAAUCAACUAGAAAGCCUCCAAAUUCAGUCAAAUCAGUCCUCAGGAACAAACCAGUUCUUAAGAAGAAUUUAAAGAAGGAUUCAACUUCUGUUGGUUCCAAUAAAGAAACUGCAGGUAACUCAGAUCUUAGCAGCAGUCUAUUAUUUUGCGAAAGAUGCCAAUGUGCUUUGACAAAUGUGGGAAAUGAGUCCAAUAAAGAUUCUCCAGCACUCAGCAGGACAGUCAUUGCUCAGGUCAGCUCAGGUAAUAUGAACUCCGGUGGCAGUAAACAGGGCUUAGCAUCAAAUAAGUGUAGCAAAAGGGGGUCUAUGGUUGAAAAAGCUAACAAUAAUUUGACAACUAGAGAUAAAGGGGAUUUCUCUCAAAGUUCCAAUAGUAGUCUUGGUGAGCAUAGUAGUAGCACUAGCAUCAGUGAAGAGAGUAAAGAGAGUAACCUUAGUGGGUCAAGUUUUGGCAACAGGCCUCACAUGUCAAAGGACUUGAAGUGGGAAGCCAUUCAGCAUGUUAAGAAACAGCAGGGAUUCCUAGGUCUGGGGCAUUUCAAUCUGUUAAGGAAGCUUGGUUCUGGAGAUAUUGGUACAGUUUAUCUUGCUGAGCUAAUUGGAGCAAAUUGCCUAUUUGCCCUGAAGGUAAUGGACAAUGUGUUUUUGGCUAGAAGGAAAAAAUUGCCAAGAGCCCAAACUGAAAGGGAGAUAUUGAGAAUUCUAGACCAUCCUUUUCUUCCCACUUUAUAUGCACAAUUUACAUCAGACAACCUAUCAUGCUUAGUUAUGGAGUAUUGUCCAGGUGGCGAUCUACAUGUUCUUCGACAAAAGCAACCUGACAGAUACUUUCCAGAACAAGCAGCGAGGUUCUAUGUUGCUGAAGUCCUCCUUGCUUUGGAAUACUUGCAUAUGCUUGGAGUUAUUUACCGAGAUUUAAAACCAGAAAAUAUUCUGGUCCGUGAAGAUGGUCACAUCAUGCUUACAGAUUUUGACCUGUCACUUAGAUGCAAUGUAAGCCCCACUCUUGUGAAAUCAUCUAUGGAACCCCCAAGGAUGUCAGGUCCAUGCACGGGGUCCAGCUGCAUUGACCCAUUCUGCGUUGAGCCAUACUGUAAAGUCACCUGCUUCAGCCCUAGGCUUUUGCCUGCUACUGCAAAAGCAAGGAAACUAAAAACGGACCUUGCGUCCCAGCUCAGAUUGUUGCCACAGCUUGUCGCUGAGCCAACAGAUGCCCGGUCUAACUCUUUUGUUGGAACUCAUGAGUACUUGGCUCCCGAGAUCAUCAGAGGAGAGGGUCAUGGGAGUGCUGUUGAUUGGUGGACAUUUGGCAUCUUUCUUUACGAGCUUUUAUAUGGUAGGACGCCAUUUAAAGGUGCUGGGAAUGAAGAGACAUUGACUAACGUGGUAUUGCAGAACCUCAAAUUUCCAGAAAGCCCACUUGUGAGUUUCCAGGUAAGGGAUCUCAUCCGAGGCCUGUUAGUGAAGGAGCCCGAGAACAGGUUAGGAUCAGAGAAAGGGGCUGCUGAGAUUAAGCAGCACCCCUUCUUUGACGGCCUAAACUGGGCACUGAUUCGCUGUACCAUUCCACCUCAACUGCCGGAGGUCUGUGACGUUGGAAUCCUAAAUACGGCCUCUCAGGACAAGGGGACAAAGUAUCUGGAGUAUGGGGCUGCAGGAGAGCACCUGGAAUUCGAGUUGUUCUAGAGAAAUACUUCUGAUUUAGGUAUUUACCUCCCUCACCCCCUCUUGUAACUAAUGUUUAGCCUUAAAUGUGUAUUCUGUAUGAGAAUAUUGUGGAAAAUUAGUUAUCAUCUGCAAUACCAGUAAUCCCCCUUGAUAACAAAAAAAAAAAAAUAGAAAAUGUCUUGCAAAGAUUUUGCUCCAACCAUGAGAGCAGGCUGUUUCAACUCGCCUUGACAUUCUCUAAUUUCUGUUGGUUUAACCAUUUGAGAUCCAUAUUAUGAGAACUCUCUUAGCAAUAUCCUUUAGCUGGAAUUUGGGUCUCCUCUCUUCAAUUAAGUGGGUGGCAAUGGCAUCUCCUUGGUUUAGUGGCCACAGUUCUCGAAUUGUACAGAUUUU